AUGCCCCGGGACACGGCCUGGCGAAUCCGCGGGACGAUCGUCCCAAUACCAACGAGCCGAGAGGAUGCCACGCGGUUCGCGAACCUAGCCGCAAACCGCCGAUCAACAUGGAGUGAUCUCGCCCUCAAUAUCUUCUCCGAUGCGUCAGUUCAGUAUCAGAGCAACGUGGGCGGGUAUGCAGUGGUCCAUCGACCGUUGAUGCCCAGCGAUGGCGGCAGUGACGAGGGGAACCACGACCACGACGAAUUCGUUGAGGCAGCGUGGCCAAUCGACCCGCUGCCCGAUUCCAACCUUGGAGAAAUGCUCGCGAUUGCUAAGAGUAUCGCCGUAGCAAUCCAACAGGUCAAGCACAACCGCGCGGCCUUCAUGGGGAAGAGGGUCAAUAUCACCAUCUUCAGCGACUCCAGGGUUUCCCUAGGAGUUCUGAACGGGGACAAGCUACGCGGCAGGUUCUCCCGCCUCGAGGACCAGUCCGGGGCCAACUGUGCCGCCAUGCGUGUUAGUCGCGAGGGCAAGGAGAUGGGCCAAGAGGCGUGGGGCGAAGUCGUCGGCCCGCAUACCGAAUGGUACAAGCUUGACAAGGAGGCGGACUCGGCGGUGUGGAACUGUUAA